CUGCUGCUGGUGUUCGAGUGCUGUUUCCUGUUUAUUUUUUUGGAAAAAUCUUGGAAUUGAAAAUAUUGAAUAUUUUUAUAAUAUUAUACUACUUGUACGAGUCUAACAAAUAGUAUUUAGAAUGUUCAUGUGAUAAAUUAUCUUAUUCAGAUUCAAAAUUUGAAUAUUUAAUGUUCUGGUAACUAGAACGUUCAAGUUUGGGAACAAUGAUGGCUAGAUCAUUAUACUGUGUCUCAGAUAUUAUGGAAGACAAUCAAUCAGCGUUUCCGUUUCAUACUGUAUUGACAACUGAUUGUCAAAAUGAAAACAUUGAUUCGGGAAUUUCUCUUGCCACAAUUGAAGGUACAACUGAUUGUCAAAAUGAAAACAUUGAUUCGGGAAUUUCUCUUGCCACGAUUGAAGAUACAAAUGAUUGUCAAAAUGAAAACAUUGAUUCGGCAAUUACUCUUGCUACAAUUGAAGAAGUUUCAGAUGACGUUGCUUUUGAUGAUGAUGAUGAACAAGACUUCUUUCAAUGUGGAAAAUGCAAAGAGGCUUUCACAUCAUUCACAGCAUUCCUCUUACAUAAAAAGAACACAAUACAGAGAGCAGAAAUCAAUUUGUUAACUGAGAGUGAUAUCAUUUCAUUGGGGAUCGAUGGAAGUGCAUUGGAUAUGACUGAUGGACAAUCGUUGCAGAUUCUUGAUAGUUGCGCCGAAAUAGCAUUAAUGACCAGUGGAUCAAGUCAAAUCUGUGACUUACCAACUAUAUCGUCUGAAGAAGUCACCAUUGCCACCUCAGUCACUAAUGAUGAUAUUUUAGAUGAAUACACCAAUAUUGGCUCAACCGAUGAUUCUGUUCAGACCUGCAAUCUACCAACCGUAACGUCAGAAAACGUCACAGUUGCCACACCUGAUGGAAAAAGCAAUGAUCUGAAAUGUGUGUACUGCGUCAAGUCAUUCAAGUGCAACUAUGACCUACAGCAACAUGUGCGCUCGCACACCGGUGAGAAGCCCUUCCAGUGCGUUAUCUGUGGUCGCGCUUUCUCUCAGAAGUCUGCAGUCAAAAAGCACAUGGCAACUCACAAGGUGUGGCCAAAGCAUUUAUGCUACGUAACAAGUGCCUCUUCCGAAGCUACCAAACAUAGCUCUGAGAUGCCUCCAAAUCCAAGCGAAAGCAACAGCUCACAGGCUUCCGAUGAAGAUUCGACCAGCCUUGAUAGGAAUUGUAAUGGAAAUACAAACGAUAUUAAUGAGGUGGAUUUGCUUUUAUACCUGUGCCAGUUCUGUACGGAGCGCUUCGAAACUUAUGGGCAGUGGAAAAAUCACAUCAAUGAGCACAAAGACGAAAAGGUGUUCAAGUGCAUCCAGCCAGGGUGCUUGUCGACGUUCAAGGAGAUGACGGAGUUUGUGGAGCACAGCAACGGCCACGAGGCGGAGUCGGGCAGCACCUACAACUGCCACGUGUGUCACAAGGCGUUCGACUCCCUCGACCACAUCGUUCGGCACCAGUUGACGCACAGUCUGCCCUCGCAGGCCGCAGCCAAAAAGGUGAAAUGCAAAACGUGCAAGUCGACGUUCAGAAACGUGGAGAGCCUGAAACAGCACCAGGACAUGGAGAGUCACCGCUACACGUGCUCCAAGUGCGGCAAGCAGUUCAAGACCCAGCGCUACCUCAAGAACCACCAGCUGGUGCACCUCACCUCUGCCGACUUCUCCUGUCCCCACUGUCCGCAGGCCUUCAAGAAGAAGGUCUACCUCACCAAUCACCUGCGCACUCACUCCGAAGACAAGCGCUACAACUGUUCGCAAUGUUCGUCCUCUUUCUAUCGCAAGGACUUGUUGCAGCGACACCUCCUCACUCAUGAGAGUACGAAAAAGUUCAAAUGUCCAUUCAAAAACAUUCAUAACUGUGAUAGAGAAUUCAAUCGAUCUGAUAAACUGAAAGCUCACAUACUGACUCAUUGUUCAAAAGAGAUCCACAAGUGUUCCAAAUGCGAUAAAAGUUUCCUGAAACCGGCCCUGCUCAGACAACAUAAGAAAUCGUGUAAUGGUAGUGGAUUGAAAAUUAUCUGCCCCCCUCCAAAAGUCGUAACAGAAGAGUCCAAUCAAGUAACAGACGAAACAUCAACGAUUGAAGUGUUUGUCUUGGCCACCGACACUCGCAGAUCCAAACGAAAGUGAACCGCUGGUUAGUUUUCCUAAGACGGUCGUAUUUAAAGACUAUCUAAACUAAGUUACUAUUGAAAUUUUAAACUAAGUUUCUAUCUAGAUUCUAAACUAAGUCUCUACAGUCUAUACUACUCAUCAGUGUAUAGAUCUAUUUUGCAAUAAAUGCGUAAUUAUUGUGUGUCAAUUGCCUUAUGAUGAUUUACUUAGAGUAUGAGUAUUACUUAAGAAUAAUUACUAAGAUUAAGAUCUCACCAAAGUGCCUUACUAUUUCUAUCAUUGUUAUACCUUAGCUUAUUCAAGUUUGCCUUAGCUAGUAAGCUUAUUUAAGCCUAACUGACUUUUAUUUGUAUGUUUUUGUUGUGUACUUUUAUAUUCCUAUAAAUCAGUUUGUAAUUUGUGAAAGUGAAGACCUAAGAGAUAUAAUUCUAUUUCGUAAUCUUAUCUACAUAAGGGAGAGGAAUAGCACAAUAUAUCCUUAUUCUUUCUCUCCCUAUCAUUCAAUUAUUUCCUUUCUUUGUGAAAAUGAAAUAAAGAAUUAGCUAUUACUUGAGAAAGAAAGCAGUUGUCAGGAUUACGUGCCGCAGCGUCACAUAAUCAUUACAAUGAUUAAUUACAAUGAUAAAUUGAAAUCUACUAGGAAUUAGUGAGAAUUCUAAUUACAAUAAAUUUAUUGUCUCUUCACAAGAAGUAUCGCAUGCUUUUGGAUGAACUAGUUUGGCCAACCUAACAUGUUUCACCUCCAUUUUUCGAAGAUUCAUUCCGCCCUGUUAACUGGUAGUUAUUCCCAUCAUUUUGGGAAGAAUAUCCUCACCACACAUUUGAUUAUGUCUACUUUCAUCACCGUGCCAAAACUAUCAGUCAUCACACACAUUCAUAGCUGUUUUGCAAGAAUUCGCAAUUUAAGGAGCUUAUUAGCUUGCUAAGUUCAUCAUAUCUGUGCGUAAAUAUAUUCUGCCAUCAUAAAAAGGAACUAAUUUGCAAGGGUUUUAUGGAAAAAGUAGAUAAUUUGACAAGGAAUUCAGUAAGGAGCAUUUGAAGGGAGGUCUCAACAACAAACUGAGCUAAUUCGAUCAGUGAAGGAUCGCUGCAAUCAAUGAUAUAGUUAUCAUUGCAAUUUUCAAGUCACUAAAUUCAAAUUUCCAUAUCAUUUCUUGGAUAUAGCUAGUUCUGUCCUAUCAUUUUGUGGUGAGACUGAUCUACUAUAGUCUUCGUAAAGUUAAGGAUGAUAGUAACUAAAUUGAAAAUUUAAGGAUAUACAUUCUUAUAUUUCCUCUAAUAGUGUCAGAAUCAAAUACGGUUAGGGUGUUAACUAUAGCCGACUUUUCAAAUCUUGCUGGGCUAUUUCUGAGCCUAAAGACGACAGAAAUUGAUGUAGUCAUUCAUUUUAAGAUUUUACAAUUAUUAUCAAUUUUAAAAAUUGUAAAUUUUAUUAUCAAUUUUAAUUUCAUUCAUUUUAAGAUUUUACAAUAUUAUUUAUUAAUUAUUUCAAUUUUAAUUUAUAUAAUAUAAUUAUAGCAUUGUAAGCUAUAAGACUUAUAUUGCUAUAUUCUUAUUACUUUAAGACUUAUUAUUGAUCUUUCCAAUUUUGUAUACAUACGAAAAUCAUAGUUUGUUUUUUUCCAAAAUUAGUUUUAAUCUUAGUUCAGUCAAUAGUCUAAGAUGAAAUUUAUUUGUAUAGAUGAACAAUCUUACUUGCUUUCCGUGAAUUUUACAUGGAAUUGAACUUGUGGUAGAAUGAGCUUCCAUCCUGUGAUGUUGAUUUCAUAAAUAUUUCUGUGAUAUGUAUUGAUAACUCAAAUUCCAAAUCUUGUCAUUUAGGCCUACUAUCAAGAAUUUACUUCUGUUAUGUGUUGGCUACAUUUAAACUGUAAUAUUAUAUUCCAAAUGAAACAUUUGAUAUUUUUUUAGAUUUAGUUGUAAUUUAUUUGAUGCUCAAGGCAGUUAUGAGAAUUGUUUUCCAUAUAUUAAAAGCAAUAAUAAUUAAUUCAUUCAUGUUUGAUAAUAAAUCAAUAAUUUUUA